GCUGGGUCUAAUUCGUAACAUCAAGACACGAGAAUCAAAAACAAAGCAAAGGAAACGCGAAAAGCAUCGGUGAUCUCUCUCGGUAGCAAGCUAAGAAGAUGGCUCUGAUUCCGAGCGUUUUCGGAGGGAGAAGAACGAACGUGUUCGACCCGUUCUCGAUGGACUUGUGGGAUCCGUUGGAGGGGUUCUUGACGUCGUCGGCGCCGCAGUCGAGUCGCGAGGUAUCUGCGUUUGCGAGCGCGAGGGUGGACUGGAGGGAGACCCCGGAGGCGCACGUGUUCAAGGCGGACAUGCCGGGGCUGAAGAAGGAGGAGGUGAAGGUGGAGGUUGAGGAUGGGAAUAUACUGCAGAUAAGCGGGGAGAGGAACAGGGAGAAGGAGGAGAAGGAUGACACAUGGCACCGAGUGGAGAGGGCGAGUGGGAAGUUCACGAGGAGGUUCAGGUUGCCGGAGAAUGCGAGGAUGGAGGAGAUCAAGGCUUCGAUGGAGAACGGCGUCCUGACCGUGACUGUUCCCAAGGUGCCGGAGGAGAAGAAGUCACAGGUCAAAUCCAUCGCCAUCUCCGGUUGAUGUCCUGCCUGAUUCAGACAAAAGAAGAAGAAGAAGAAGAAGAAGAAGAAGAAGAAGAAGAAGAAGAUGGUGUGUACGUGGUCAGUGUGAAAUAAUAAGGGUCGGUGAUGUUUUGUCUGUCUGUGUUUUGUGUAGUGUCGUACUUAAACCUGUAAGCAUGAACGUGGAUCUAUAAAAUCUUGUUGUGUAUCAAUAAAGAACUUUUAAGAAGAA